GUCCUCCCUCACCCCGCGUAUGGCUGCGGCGGCUGCUGCUCGGCCGGGCCGCGAAGGGAAGCCCCUUCUCCUCCGUCGCUGCCGCUGCUGCUACCGACCUGUGCCACAGCCGGGCGGGGAAGGGGCAGCGUGGGGAUGGCGGUGUCAGCGCGCAAGAGCCGGCGGCUGCUGAGGUACUAAAGUCAAGUGCGGACAAUAACAUCUCCUUGGUUUAGCCAGCUUGCGAUUGAGAAUGGCAGGUUUCCCUUCCUUUGGAUGAUAGAUGCUUCAUGCUGAAAAUACAGUAAGGCUCUUGGAGUAUCAGGAUGAAAUCAGAAUUGAACCAUAUUCUAAAAGAAUGAAGUCAACAGAAGGGGCUUGUGGGGAACUCCCUGUUGAUGGUAACAAAUAUACUCAGAAGAAAGUGGAUGUUGAGAGAAAAUCAAAUGAUUGCAUACCUAUGUGUGCCUUGGAUAACGAAGGGCAACGUGAAAUGGAGAAGCAAGAGAAAAUACCUACUGGUGCCUUGGGAUCCUUGAAUGAAGUUCUCCCUGAAAAUAAUCCAGUACUUAGUCAGCCAGUUGAUUUAGAAACUGUGCAGAAUAUAAAUCCUCCAUUUGAAUCAAUAAAUUACUCUAAAGUUGAAGAAGAGAAGGACCCUUUUAUUACAAAUAAUGCUGGUGAAGAUAGUGUUGAAAAAAGCAGUACGUCAUUUUCAGUAAACAGAAAUAAAUCAGAUGAAGACUUUUUUACAAGCAAAGAUUUUAUAGGACCUAUUUACAAGCCUACUAAAAGUAACAAACAAGACAAAUCUGGCAAUUGCAAUGAAUGUAGGAACACUGGAGGAGAUGAGAAUGAAUUACAUGAGAACAGAUGUAAAAGAAAGGAGGUGAAGAAGAUGCAGGCUGUUUCUGCCACUGUACCAGAAAUAGAUGAUGAACUGGAUCAGUUCUAUAAAGAAAUUCACCAGUUGGAAAAUGAAAGUUUAGAUACUAAUGUUCAGGAAAAAGAAACUGAAAUUUCUCAGGAACAACACUCUCCAUUUAACUCUAGUCAGAGCUCACAAGAGAACUAUCAACCUGUACUUUUGGGCAGUCCACAGCCACAUUAUGAGAAUGGACAGUGUUCUUUGGGGGAACAGAACAGUCAGAACACAAACAAUGAGCAGCAGUUAGUUGUGGAAACAGGUGUCUGGAAAACUGAAAAUACCUGUAAUAAUGGCCAGGUAGAUUCUUGGAACUGUUCAGUGCCUGAAUUCAGACCUGCUUGGCAGACUAGAGCAUCUUUCACAAAAUCUCAGGGACCUUUUCCUUCUAGAUUCAAUCAUCAAUCCCAUUUUCAGAUAUUUAAUCCCCCACCACGAAUCCCAAAUGUUCCCCCUUUUCAGAAUGAGGGACUUCCUUAUGAAAGUUACCAUCAUUACCAUGGAAAUACUGAUAUCAACAGUCAUGGUCCAUUGCUUGAUCAAAAUACCAACUAUUCUUGUCAUACUGACAUCCAUACUACUCAGGUCUUCAGGAAUGGGAGUAAUGAUCAGGAUGGACUCCAAAGUAAUGGUUUCUGUGAAACCAGAGAAGAGUGUUGGAAGGAUCCAAAAGCUGACAGUACAGAAGGCGUGCACAGCUUUUCUUCAUUGCAAUUAUCAGAAGAAAGAUUCAGUUCACAGAAAUUGCUUUUAGUCUUAAGAGGCCUACCAGGUUCAGGGAAAACAACACUUUCUCGUGUUCUGCUUGGUCAGAGUCGUGAUGGCAUUGUGCUCAGCACUGAUGAUUAUUUUCGUCAGCAGUAUGGAUACUCCUAUAAUGCUGCUCAGCUUGGUGAUGCCCAUGAGUGGAACCGGAAGAGAGCAAAGCAAGCAAUGGAGCAGGGAAAAUCUCCAGUUAUAAUAGAUAACACUAAUACUCAAGCCUGGGAAAUGAAGCCAUAUGUGGAAGUGGCUCUAGAAAAAGGAUACAGAGUGGAAUUUCAUGAGCCAGAUACUUGGUGGAAGUUUGAUCCAGAAGAAUUAGAAAAGAGGAAUAAGCAUGGGGUCACUCGUGAGAAGAUUGCUCAGAUGUUGGAACGAUACGAAUAUCAAAUAUCCAUCCCUAUUGUCAUGAAUUCAGUGGUACCUCCCCACAAAAACACUCAAAGACCACCUCUGCAGAGAAGACAUAGGGAGACAAGAACACAUUUGAGCAAGAACCCUGGAUACCUGUUAACAAAAGCAAAACAGAAGAAAAAGAGAAAAAGAAACAAAACAAUGAAAAGUAAUUUUACAGAAAUUACAAAGAAAAUGUUAUGUGGAGUAGCUCAUCAUCCAAUUCCAGGUGACCACGAUGGAUCAGAAAGUGAAGAGGAUGACUUGGAAGAAGAAAACAAAAAAUCAUUGAGUACAUUCAGCAAAGACCCAGAGGAUCCAAUAACAGUUUGUGAGGAGCAGCCUAAGAGUGGUGAUGAAAGCCUAAAGGAAGCUGCAGGAUUUCCAGGAGAGAGUUUUCUGGUCACUGUGCCUGAGGUCUCAGUGAUGCCAAAUAGUGCAUGGAAAAAUGAAUUGCCUGUAGAAAGUGACGGUUUGCUUUUGAAAGAUGUAAAACCUUAUUGUACUGAAAACCUAACCAAAAAUGGAUUAGAUGAGGAAGCAAAGCUAAGGGGCAAAGACAAUCUCUGCAGUUUCCUAACCAUAACCAAUGAUAAAAAUUCCAUCCAGGAAACAGAAGGCAUUUCUGAAGAAAUGUCUGAAGAAAUUUGUCAUAUGUCAUUGUUAAGCACAGAAAACAAACUGGGAUCAUGUCAAAUUACAUGUGAACCUGACUUGGAAGCCAAGCUGGUAACUCUAAACAGUGAAGAAAAAGAAAUCUCUGAGUGUUACAAUUCAGUUGUACUUGAUGACAUGUCUGAUAACACAGAGGGCAAAUGUCCAUUAAAACCAGAAGAGACUAGCUCCAAUGCCUGGGCUUUUUUUUCAAGUAAUUUGUCUACUGAGGAGUUGCAGAUGGGCUUCAAUACUCAAGUUUCUCUCUCUCCUUGCUCUGAGGAUAAAUUUGUAAGUGAACAAAGAUCUCAAAAAGUGAGGAAACAGACUCACACAAACAGUUCAGCAGAGCUAAACUGCUAUCAGUCACAUGAGGGAUUGGUAAAGGAGAACCAUCAUGAAACAGAAACUGAGGAAGCUGACAAUGUAAUAAGCAAUGGGCUGUCUGUGUCUCCAACUGGUAAAAUGUACUUUGAUUCCCUAGUGGAAGCCAGGGCUACCUUCAUGCAGGGUUCAAGUGAAGUAAAUGUGCCAAUUGAUACUACACCAAUUAUGUUGAAGAGGAAGAGAUACAGAAGAAUUGUCAACUUAGCACCAAAGUUUAACCUACCAAGACAGAUCUUUGGUCAUGCAGAGGGAGGGAAGGAUGCCUGUAUAAGAGAAGAUAUUCCUCAAAAUAGUGUUUUGGAAGUGAGGCAAAACCACUUGGUAAGCGAGAACUGUGGAGAAGCACAUGAACAGGACCAUGCAUUGCAAGAAUAUUCCUUACCCACUCCGGAUGCAGGUGCCCUAUUAUAUAAUAUUUCUUACAUUCAUUCAGGACAAUGUUCUCCUAUAUCAAAAUACGCCUCCAGGGUUUGUGUAGAUUCCAAAACAAAGGAGAAGCAAGCUACAACUCUUCAGCCACAACAGGUAGUUAAUAAAAAAGAGGACGAGAGUGAACACACUUCUUCAGAGGUUACAAAUGGCCAACCAGAUAUUCUGUCUUCUGUUAAAGUUGUUUCUGAAUAUCUAGAAGAUUCUAACACAUUGGCAAGCUGCAGUGAAAAUGCAAAUGGAUCAGAUGACUCUGAGGCAUCACAGCUUGAAGAUUAUCAAGAUGCAGAUAUGAAAUACAGUUUUCUGGGACUUCCUUUAUCAUUAGGAUUUGCUUUUCAACUUGUGCAGCUCUUUGGUUCUCCAGGUCUUCCACUGGAAUCCUUGUUGCCAGAUGAUUAUAUAGUUCCCCUUGACUGGAAAGUUUCAAAGAUGAUCUAUUUACUGUGGAAGACCUCUGUGGAGGAAAAACAGAAAACAAACGGAUUGCAGAAUGGUGAUGGCUUGACUGAUGAUAUUAUUAGUCUUGAAGAUCUAAAUAAAAAUCACCAAGAGAAUCAAGACUCUUCUGAAACACUAUCAGACAUGGAUCUGUGUCAAGAUGUGAUAGAAGAGAACAUCAUAACCUGCACUGGCUGUCUGGAUGCUGCAUUUCAUCAGUCGUGAUUUACUGUCUUAAAUUCCACAUGAACAAACAGAAACUUCUCGCUUUCUUCAGACCAUGGAAAGACUUCAGUUGGCCACCAAGAAUUUUAAACGUGAGGGAUAACCUGGAAGAAAGAAACCACUGUAGAUUUUUUGGUGUACAUCUUUGGCCACCUCCCCC